AUGUCAUCGGAGGAAGAUGAUGAGAUCCUACCAAAAGAUGGAGAGGAGCUGAAAACCUGGAAAGACAAAUACACGGUUGUGAAGCUACUAGGGAAAGGUGGCUAUGGUGCUGUGUAUAAAGUAGUUCGUAAGAGUGACAACAAACCAUUUGCAGUGAAAUGUGAGAAACUAUCAGCAAGAAAGAAGGUGCUUCCAAUGGACUGUCGUGUUUUGCGUGGUGCUCAAAUAAUAAAAAGCUGCCAUUUUUGUACAAUAGAGGAUCGAGGAAAAAUAGAAAAUCGUUUUAUAUUUCUUGUCAUGAAGCUUAUUGGAAGGAAUUUAUGGGACCUGCGUGUUGAACGAGAGAGCAUGCGAUUCACUCUCAACACUUCAUUGAAAGCUGCAGAACAAUGCUUAAUCUGCAUCGAGGAGCUACAUAGGCUGGGAUUUCUCCAUCGCGAUAUCAAGCCUGGAAACUUUGCUACUGGUCGACCAGACGCGAACGAACACCACAUAAUUUAUAUGCUCGAUUUUGGACUUUGUAGGAAAUUUCAGGAGAAGGAUAAGGAUGUUCGUGUACCACGAGAAGUAGCCCCAUUUAGAGGAACUACGAGAUACGCACCCAUAGCCGCGAUGAAGCAAAUCGAGCAGUCACGAAAGGAGGACCUGGAGGGGUGGAUGUACAUGGUUGUUGAAUGGACCUCAGGUGGACUUCCUUGGAGAAAAUAUAAGGCAGACAAUCGGGAAGAAGUGUUAAAAAUGAAGGAAGAGGUCCGAGAUAAAGAAGACGCAAUGACUAUUUUCUUAAAAAAUUGUCCGGAAAGAGAGUUCAAACGGAUAAUGAAGUAUUUGUAUGAGUUGACCUACUUCUCGAUACCAGAUUAUAAUUUCAUCUAUUAUUGUAUACAACACGCCUGUAAGUCGAACAAUAUCAAGCCGACAGAUCCACUAGACUGGGACAUGGAUCAUGAAUUCUCGGGACCGACUGGACCCCCUGGAAAGGGUAAGAGCGAUAUGAAGCUUGACGAGCACGAUGAAGAUUUCGAUGGCGGAAAGAAAGGAAACACCAUUGUUAAGAACGAGAAAAGCCCUGUCAAGCAAACUUCGCGAAAAAUCUCCGCACCUGCAUCGUAA